ACAUCUCACCUUCCUCUUUGGCAAACAAGCUUACUACAUAUCUUCUUUCUCUCUCCUAUCAUUUCUGGAGAGAGAGAGAGAAGCUUAACAAAAUGUUGAAGUUAAUGUUAAUUGUACUUAGUAUUUUAAUGGUGUUUAAUGUAGAAGUGAUUAACGCUAAUCUUCCAAAGUUUAAACAAGCAACCAAAGAAGAUGGGUCACUGAGUUUGUUGGUUAUUGGAGAUUGGGGAAGACAUGGUGCCUUUAAUCAAUCUCUCGUUGCUACUCAGAUGGGGAUAGUAGGGGAGAAAUUGGAAGUGGAUUUCAUGAUAUCAACAGGAGACAAUUUCUACGACAAUGGGCUUACUGGAGUUCAUGAUCCAGCUUUUAAACACUCCUUUACCGAUGUCUAUACUGCCCCCAGCUUACAGAAGCGUUGGUACACUGUGCUUGGGAACCACGACUACAGAGGAGAUGUCUUAGCACAUUUGAGCCCUGUUCUUAGAAAAAGAGACAGCAGAUGGUUUUCCUUGAGAUCUUAUGUUGUCAAAACAGAUAUUGUGGACUUCUUUUUUGUGGAUACAACACCCUUCCAAGACAAAUACUUUAUAGAAGACGAAGGCCAUACUUAUGACUGGAGAGGUGUAUUACCUCGUAAACGAUAUCUUUCUAAUCUUUUACAGGAUUUGGACGAGUCGUUGAAAAAGUCAACUGCCAAGUGGAAGUUUGUGAUUGGUCAUCAUCCAAUAUUGAGUGCUGGACAUCACGGUAACACUGAAGAGCUUGUGGAUCAGCUUCUCCCAAUUCUUGAGGAAAACAAGGUGGAUCUUUACAUCAAUGGGCAUGACCACUGCUUGGAACACAUUAGUAGCCCAGUCAGCAAACUUCAAUUUUUGACUAGCGGAGGAGGCUCAAAGGCAUGGAGAGGCGAUGAAAAGCAAUGGAAUGAAGAGGAAUUGAAGUUGUAUUAUGAUGGCCAAGGUUUUAUGUCAAUGGAAGUGACUCGAUCUCGAGUAGACGUUGCGUUUUACGACGCAUUUGGCAACGUACUACACAAAUGGGGCAGGGGAAACUCGAACUUCUACACAUAUUAGCAACAUCAAUCUAUUUUAACUCUAAGAGCAAAAAUGAAGUGCCUUUAAUCUGCUAUCAUUUUUAUAAGAUUAAUUAAUAUGAUGGUAAGUAUCACAUAAUUGAGAACUUAAUUGAGCAAACUUAUGUAAUUAUAUUGUACUAUGUACUUGUUUAGUUUCUUUUCCCAAGUAUGCGUAAUGUCUUGAGUUUUGUUGUUGUAAGAAAGCAAAUAAAACUAUCCUCUGUAUUUUCUCA